AGAAGAUAUGCUGAUAAUGAAGGAAAGUCAACCAGCUGACUUUCCUAAUCCAAUCCAGGGUAUAUCCUCAUUAUAUGCCGGAGCUUAUUCUGGCAGGCCUUCCCUCCGCCAUUAUAUAUAUACACACAACAAUUUCACCCCAACAUCAAUCAAUUAAUUAAUUAAUUAAUAUAACAAAAUCGAUCGAUCAGUUGCAGCAGAAUCCCAAUCCGAAAUCACACAUCCAUGGCGAGAGACGAGCUCCAGGUCCUCCGUACACUCGACGUCGCCAAAGUCCAGUUCUACCAUUUCACGGCGAUCGUCGUCGCCGGAAUGGGCUUCUUCACCGACGCCUACGAUCUCUUCAGCAUCUCCAUCGUCGCCAAGCUCCUCGGCCGCAUUUAUUACACCAAGGCCGGCGCCCCCAAGCCGGGGACUCUGCCGCCGGGAAUCUCGUCGUCGGUCACCGGAGUCGCCCUCGUUGGAACUCUCCUCGGCCAGCUCUUCUUCGGCUGGCUCGGCGACAAAAUGGGCCGCAAAAAAGUUUAUGGCAUCACCUUAAUCAUGAUGAUCGUCUGCUCCGUCGCCUCCGGCCUGUCGUUCGGCGGAGAGCCGAAGGGCGUCCUCGUCACCCUCUGCUUCUUCCGCUUCUGGCUCGGGUUCGGCAUCGGCGGCGACUACCCGCUCUCGGCGACGAUCAUGUCCGAGUACGCGAACAAGAAGACCCGCGGCGCGUUCAUCGCCGCCGUGUUCGCGAUGCAGGGGUUCGGGAUUUUGUUCAGCGGGAUUAUCUCGUUGAUCGUGUCCUCUGCGUUCGAGCACGCGUACCCGGCGCCGUCGUACAAGGCGAACCCGGCCGCGUCCCUCGUGCCGCAGGCCGAUUACGUCUGGCGGAUCGUGCUGAUGUUCGGGGCGCUCCCGGCAGCCCUGACGUUUUAUUGGCGGAUGAAAAUGCCGGAGACGGCGCGGUACACAGCGCUCGUUGCAAAAAAUGCGAAGCAGGCGGCGCAGGAUAUGGCGAAAGUUUUGAAUGUGGAGGUGGAGGCGGAGGAGGAGAAGGUCGCACGAAUUGCCGACCGGAAGUCGAAUAAUUUCGGGUUGUUUUCGAGGGAAUUCGUGCGGCGGCAUGGGCUGCAUUUGUUUGGGACAACGUCGACGUGGUUUCUUUUGGACAUUGCUUUCUAUAGCCAGAAUUUGUUCCAAAAGGACGUUUUGUCGAACAUCGGGUGGAUCCCUAAGGCCGAGACCAUGAGCGCAGUCGGAGAGGUGUUCCGAAUCGCAAGGGCUCAAACCUUGAUCGCCCUAUGCAGCACGGUGCCCGGCUACUGGUUCACGGUGGCGUUCAUCGACAAAAUCGGCCGGUUCUGGAUCCAGCUAGUAGGAUUCUUCUUCAUGACGGUGUUCAUGUUCGCCAUCGCCAUUCCCUACGACCACUGGAAGAAAAGCGAGCACCGCAUCGGCUUCGUCGUAAUGUACGCCUUCACUUUCUUCUUCGCCAACUUUGGGCCCAACGCCACAACUUUCGUGGUGCCAGCCGAGAUUUUCCCGGCACGGCUGAGGUCCACGUGCCAUGGGAUAUCAGCCGCAGCCGGGAAGGCCGGGGCAAUUGUAGGGGCCUAUGGAUUCCUCUACGCGUCGCAGUCGACGGACAAGACAAAGACGGACGCCGGAUACCCUCCCGGCAUCGGCAUCAAGGCGUCGUUGAUCGUUUUGGGGUGCAUUAAUGCGAUCGGGAUGUUGUGCACGUUGGCCGUGCCGGAGCCGAAGGGGAAGUCCCUCGAAGAGGCGUCGCAAGAAAAUGUUGAUGAGGCUGAGGAAGUCCAAGGAGCUUGAUUUUGAUUUCUAUUUUGUCUUGUGUUUUGAUCGAUGGUGUUAAGGUUGUAAUGCUUUAUGUUGGUGGAUUUUGUGAUGUUUAUAUAUAUUUUUCGUUAAUAAAUGGUGUAUGAGAUUGUUUUGGAAUUACGUUUGUGUAAUUUUAGGGCAACUCCAGGUGUUGGUUUUGUUUUGAUUCGAAUCUUAAUUU